AAAUUAAUAGAUAGAGAGAGUGAUAGAGCUAACGAAAAGAGUCAAAGGAAGUUGCAACUUUUGAAAAAGGGAAGAAAAAAAAAAGAAAGAAAAAAGAAAAGGCAAAAGAGAGAGGAAAUGAAUGAAUGGGGGAGGCAUCAGAAUCAUAACUCAUGACAUGAACACACCAAGUGCUCCUCUCUCUCCUCCACUUCCCCACUUUCUUCUUCAACACCCAACAAACUCUCUCUCUCUAGGGUUUUACUUCCACCACAUCGCGUGUUGUACCAUUGCCUCUACUGCACUUUUCCUACGGAAACCUGCAUUCCUCAAUGCGGUAAACAAUGAUACAUGGAUAUAGAGAUGUUUCUGUGAGACUCUUAUUUGAUGAAUUUUGUUCUCUUUAGUUUAGUAGCUGGGAGAUAAAAUGCAUACUUAAAAAGACUGGGUUGCGUGGGUUGACAUUAGUUGAGUGAACGAAAUGGAGUUUGUAAGGUCUUGGUUAAAAAAAUUGAAGUCCAAGGAGAAGGUGAAGUCCUCAAAGAACAAGGAUACUACAGGCAAUGGGAAAGAGGGGUCAAAAACACCAACGACGGAAGAAGUGCCUUCAAAUGUAACCAAGCAGAAGGUUGCAGCUGCAAAGCAGUAUAUAGAGGAUCAUUACAAGAAGCAGAUGAAAAGUUUGCAAGAGAGGAAGGAGCGACGCAAUGUACUAGAAAAGAAGUUGGCUGAUGCUGAUGUCUCCGAGGAAGAGCAAAGUAACUUGCUGAAGUACUUGGAAAAGAAGGAAACAGAAUAUAUGCGUAUUCAGAGGCAUAAAAUGGGUGCUGAUGAUUUUGAGCCACUAACGAUGAUAGGAAAGGGUGCAUUUGGGGAGGUUAGAGUUUGUAGGGAGAAAGCAACAGGCCAUGUAUAUGCAAUGAAGAAGCUUAAGAAAUCAGAGAUGCUUCGUAGAGGCCAGGUUGAACAUGUGAAAGCUGAGAGGAAUCUACUUGCAGAGGUUGACAGUAAUUGUAUCGUCAAGCUCUAUUGUUCCUUCCAGGACGAAGAGUACUUGUAUCUCAUUAUGGAAUAUCUUCCCGGUGGAGAUAUGAUGACUUUAUUGAUGCGCAAAGAUACAUUGACAGAAGAUGAGGCCAGGUUUUAUGUUGGGGAAACGGUCCUAGCUAUUGAGUCCAUUCAUAAACAUAAUUACAUUCAUAGGGAUAUCAAGCCUGACAACUUGCUGCUCGAUAGAAAUGGUCACAUGAAAUUAUCGGAUUUUGGAUUAUGUAAACCAUUAGAUUGCAGUAAUCUCCAAGAAAAGGAUUUUUCUGUGGGAAAAAAUCUUAGUGGGGCUCUUCAAAGUGAUGGACGCCCUGCAGCACCAAAACGUACACAACAGGAGCAAUUGCAGCAUUGGCAGAGAAACAGGAGGAUGCUUGCUUAUUCUACUGUUGGAACCCCGGAUUAUAUUGCCCCAGAGGUUUUGCUGAAGAAAGGAUAUGGAAUGGAAUGUGAUUGGUGGUCGCUUGGGGCUAUUAUGUAUGAAAUGCUUGUGGGGUAUCCACCCUUUUAUUCAGAUGAGCCCAUGUCAACUUGCAGGAAGAUAGUUAAUUGGAGAACUCAUUUGAAAUUUCCUGAAGAAGCCAAACUCUCUCCGGAAGCAAAGGAUCUCAUUAGUAAACUCUUAUGUAAUGUUGAUCAGAGGCUUGGAACUAAAGGGGCAGAUGAAAUAAAGGCUCACUCCUGGUUUAAAGGCAUUGAAUGGGACAAAUUGUAUCAAAUGAAGGCUGCAUUUAUCCCCGAAGUCAAUGAUGAAUUGGAUACCCAGAACUUUGAGAAGUUUGAAGAGGGUGACAACCAGAUUGAAAGUUCAACUAGAUCUGGUCCAUGGAGAAAGAUGCUGUCUUCUAAAGAUGUCAACUUUGUGGGUUACACAUACAAGAACUUUGAAAUCGUAAAUGAUAAUCAAUUGCCUGGGAUUGCUGAAUUGAAGAAGAAGAGCACAAAAUCUAAGCGGCCUUCCAUCAAGUCCCUUUUCGAUGAUGAGUCCGCUAUGGCUGCCAAUCAACCUGCUCAAGGAAGCUUUAUGAAGCUCCUCCCUCCCCAACUAGAAGCCCCUGAGAAACAGAGUGAAUCCCAAUGAUGUGCACUAGUUUCUCUCAUAACUUCCAGUGGCUGUAGAGUUCCAACCAAAGAGAAUGUUUUUUCGGUGAUUAAUUUAUCUUUAGAUCGGGGCAAAGGCCUCAGAAACCAAUGGUUUGGCAUAUUAGUUAGUUCUUGGGUCUGGGUCUGGUCUGCUAUGUUGCUUUUUUGUCACAUAUUUUCUGCAAAGUAUAUAUUCUUUGAAAA